AUGGAUGCUGGAGAUAGAGGGCUGUUAGCAAAACAGCAACAUUGCUCCCAUCAUAAAGAGCGCCCUUUGGAGCUAUGCUAUUGUGCAAGGUGCAAGGGACAGGUGAAACAGAAGGUAGCAACUAUCAACAAUCACCAACUUUGCUACCCACACCCCAUCAAAAACCUGCCAGCACAACCCCUAGGUGUGGAUGAAACAGUCAUUGUACCUCAAUAUUUAGAACCAGUGCGCUCUGGCAUUAUACCCAAUGAACAGGGCCUCAAUCAGCAAUUAUUUUGCAGCUCUCUUGAGCCACAAUCACCUACACCCAGUGGCGCUGGUCAGGCAAGAGAUUGUGCUUCACCAAACCCUCCUCUAUUGCCUUGCAUCCUUGAAAACUAUCAACCACCAGUCCCGCUAGGUGACCCAGAGAGGCUAAAUGACCCAGAAGAGGGGAUCAAACCUAGUCUCUUGGCCGCAGCAGAGGAGUUGAAACAUGUGUAUGACUUCAAUGAACUGAUUGACAAUUCAGGCAACCUUGACAACAAUCACCUGGAUUACCUGUUUGACAACAUGCUCAAUGAUACUGACUUUGGACUUCCAGAUGUUCAAGAGCAAGAUACUGGAGUUCUACCUUGA